AUGUUCAAACGGUGAAUAUAUAAUUUCCGAGGGUGGUUGCUUCCGAUUGACUAAUAAUUAUUAUAGUUUUACGCGUGCGGACGGUGUAUGCGAAUAUUAUUAUGACGGCAAUCUAGCGUCCGUCCAUUCCGAGGAAGCACACAACUAUCUCAAAUCAUAUAUGAUGGACCGCUAUGAAUCUGUAGCCUGGAUAGGUCUUACAUAUUCACAAGACACUGGUAGUUGGGGCUGGCUGGACGAAACUCCUCUGGACUAUAAUGCCUUUGGAAGCGAUUGGUUAUUAAACCUAGAUGGAACAGAGGAGUGUGCAGUUAUGCUUGACGAAGUUGACUAUAGAUGGGAGGAAAGCCACUGUUCUCGGUACAGACGAGGGUUCUGUAAACAACCAGCUUUCCUGUCACCUAAAAUGCAUAACUGUCCGCAAAACAUCAACGUCAACAGUGAUGCAAACAGCAACGAAGCGCACGUGACGUGGACAGAUCCGACCGCGACCAGUGACGCAGGUGGAUCUGUCAGUAGUCUGGUUAGGUCUCAUCAGUCGGGAGACGCAUUUCCAAUAGGAGUGACAACGGUAACCAUCAGCGCUUCCAAUGAUGUAGGGACGUCUUCCUGCAGAUUUUCAAUUCGUGUCAGAGACAACGAGCAUCCGGUAUACACUAACUGCCCAAGCAAUGACGUAGUGAUUGACAUCCCAACUGGUCAGGCUACUUACACGUAUAAUUCACCUAAUCCAACAGCGACUGAUAAUGAUGCCAUCAGGAGUAACACCUGCACAGGUGAAGCAUGCCAGGGAGAUGUGCUUGCUCCUGGAACCUACCAAAUGCAUUACGUAGCCGAUGAUACUACACGAUGUAAUGGAAAAGGGCAUUGCCGAUAUAAUUUAAUUAUAAGAGAUGUUGAACCCCCUACAAUAACUUGUGGUGCAGACAUUGUGCAAAACACAGACUCGGAUCAAAAUGACGCCAUUGUCACUUGGUCUGAUCCUGAGACAACCGACAACGUUGGUGUAGCAAACGUAGUGUGUACACCUGCCUCAGGUGACCAAGUGACAAUCGGUGCAACAGACGUAGAAUGCACGGUCUCUGAUGCUGCAGGGAACACGGACACGUGCUCAUUCACUGUAACUGUUGAAGACAAUCAACAACCGUCUAUAAUAUAUUGUCCAGUUAUCGUGACGAACUCACUAGAACCCAACAACCCUUGGGCAGUAGCUGAGUGGAAUCCCGAAUUCGAAGAUAACUCAGACCAUUUUUCAAUAACCAGCAGUCACACAAGCGGCCAACAGUUUCCUCUUGGGCAGACAACCGUAGUGGUGACAGCUACAGACGCAGCCGAGAACAGUGCCACGUGCACAUUUAGUGUUGAGAUUAACGACAAUACACCACCGGUGUUUACGAACUGUCCUACUAGCAUCACUGUAAACGCACCACUUGGGGAGGCUUUUGCAGUCGUUUCAUGGCCUUUGUUGGUGGCAACGGAUAACAGUCAGGAUCCCCCCAUAUUUAAUGAGACCAGUACAGAGGGCUCGUUUGGAAUUGGUAACACUCGCCUGGCAUUCAGCGCAACAGAUGGCUCUGAUAAUACUGGACUAUGCGUGUUUAGUAUCACGGUUAUAGACGAUGAACGUCCUUUAUUUACAUUUUGUCCCCCUGAUGUUUAUAUUUCGACUGAGGUCGGCUUACCGUCUGCGUCCGCAAACUGGAUUGAACCAGUUGCUGAGGACAAUUCCGGCCUAGCGCCAACGAUUUACCAAACAAGAGCUUCUGGAGAGCGGUUUUGGAUAGGGACAGAGACCGUAACUUAUGUAGCUACUGAUACGUCUUAUAAUAACAACACUUGUGCUUUCAUUGUAGUUGUUAACGAUGACGAACCACCUCAGAUUUCAAAUUGCUCUGAUAAUAUUGAGGAAUCAGCUCCGGAUACUAGUAAUUUUGCAAUCGUUACAUGGUUACCGCCAGAUAUUACCGACAAUUCUGGAAGUACGCCAACCGUCACCGCCAACUUCCAGCCUGGUGAUAGUUUCAUUCUUGGAGAAACGCGCGUUAUUUACAAUGCAACAGACGAUGCGAUGAACGCAAACACAUGCACAUUUACAAUCACGAUCAGUGAUAUUACUCCUCCAGUGUUUGUCAAUUGUCCGUCUGACAUGAUGACGAAUUCAGAUCCAAAUGAGGCGACGACUAUUGUAACUUGGGAUCUGUUGAACUCCACGGACAAUAGUGGUUUGAUCCCAACAAUCAGUGACCCGGAUUUAACUUCGAUAGAACUUCGAAUAGGAAUUCACCAGAUAGUAUUCACUGCUGAAGAUACGUUUGGGAAUAUCGAUUUCUGUCAAUUUAACGUUACAGUUAUAGAUAAUGAACCACCGGUGUUUCUCAACUGUCCGAACAAUCGAACUGUUUCAACGGAUCACAGAAUGUCCACGGCAACAGUCAACUGGGACGAGCUUGUAAUCACAGAUAAUUCUGGAGACCCGAUUACCGUGCACCACUCACAUCUGACAGGCCACGGUUUCCCAAUAGGUUACCACACUGUAAACAUUACUGCCGUGGACUCAUCAUGGAACUCUGUAACUUGUAUCUUUAAUGUUUUAAUCGAAGAUUCUGAGGCUCCUGUGUUUCACAACUGUCCCACGGACAUUUUCCUCGAGACGCUGCACAGGUCUUCCUUCAACAACGGAUACUGGGAUGAUGUCGAAAUAACCGACAAUUCUGGCUUGACAUCAAAUGUUACCACGAAUUAUGAGUCGGGAGACGUAUUCUAUCUUGGCCAGUCACAUGUUGUUUACAGCGCUACUGACGCUGCUUCUAAUAUGGAAAACUGCUCAUUCACUGUUGUAGUGCUUGAUACUGAAAACCCAUAUUUUACGUUCUGCCCUCCGGAUAUUUCGAUCAAUACUGAAAACGGGGUGAAUACUGCAGUGGUAAAUUGGAAUUCUCCCAAUGCAUCUGAUAAUUCUCAAAUCGAGCCUGUCAUCACCUCAGAUUAUAAUUCUGGGGAUAUAUUUCAGAUGCAUAUAACUACAGUUACAUACAAAGCUAGAGAUGAUGCGGGGAAUAUUGGAAUAUGUCAGUUCGAAGUAGAUGUAAUCGACAAUGAACCGCCGUACUUCAUCAAUAUGACUGGUGACAUAGAGAUUUUCAUUGAUGCUACAAAAACUAACACAUCUGUAGAAUGGAAGGAACCUCUGGCUGCUGAUAAUUCUUUGAUCGAGCCAACAAUUUCAUCAACACGCACAUCUGGGGACAUUUUUAGUAUUGGAGUUACUAGAGUUGUUUAUACUGCAGUAGACCAACUUGGAAACGAGAGAAGUUUCACAUUUUCUGUGAAUAUUCGCGUGGCAUUCGCUAAUUUAGAAUCAUUGAUCAAUGGAACAUCUGAAGGAGACAUUCUGCAUAUAUCUGCAAUUGCUUCGAAUUUGGCAAAUACAAGACCACUCUCAACAGAAGAAAUUGAACAGUUAGCGUCCGUCCUUACUGUAAUGGCAUCCGAAGAUGUUGUAUCAGAUCGAGAAGUAGAGGAAAUUACUGAGGAUGUUGUUGCUGUGACCAACGCCGUUCUAAAUAACAAUAAGGAAAUCAAAAAACAAGUUGAUAUCAUCAUUGCUACAGAGAAGUUGAUUCAAAAAGUUGUUAUUACAGAGAUGAACACAAGUUUCGUCCGGCCGUCGGGCAAAGUUGUUUCCAAUAUUGGACCGAUUGAUGCUUUCAAAUGGUCAUGCCAUUUUAGAGAAGAGGAGGGCGUCCUAAGUUCAACAAGAGACAGUUCUACUGAAAAAGAAUCCAGCGAUAAGUGUUUUGUCAAGUUAGAUCCAAAGUCAGCCAAAGAUAUAACAGAAUCGGCGACAAUUAUUGCUACUUACUACGAUAGGAAAGUGAUUGCUGAAACAACAAGCGAAACAUUUGACAUUGACAGCAGUGACGGUGAUAUCGACGUUGCUUAUACACUUGCAAGUGGUCUUUUGUCAUACAGUAUAUCAAGUAAUAGUACAACAUACUCAGUAGGCGUGGAAUUCUCAAUGGAGUUAGAUCAGACACUUAUACAUUCGGACGUAACGUAUUUCAAAGAAAAUGCACGUUGUGUAUUUUGGGAAGAGAUUAAAAGGGUUUGGUCAACCACCGGCUGUAAACGAACUGGAAGUAGUGGCAACCAUGUUAAAUGUAAAUGUGAACACACGACAACAUUUGGUAUAUUUACCCCGGUUGAUAAACCCGAACAGAACGAUGAGUUCGACUUUGCCAGACUCGGUGAAAGAUUAGGCAUAUACAGUGUGUGCCUUAUCUCGAUGAUAGCAUUAUUAUACAUUAUGAAGUUUAUCAAUUCAACGUGGGGCUUGUUCAGAGGACCUGAAACUGUGUUCAUUUACUCAAAUUUGCUACUGGCAACACUGUGCGUCAUGGUAGCGUUCGUUGUAAAUUCUGAAACUGUUGACUACCCACUCGUUUGCAGUAUAUUCGGCGUACUUCUUCAUUUCUUCUACAUGGCUACUCUUCUCUGGCUAAUUUACGAGAGCAUAUACCUCUUUAUGCGGGCCCACAGGUACAGCAUCACCGGUAGUAUACCGAAAAGGUCGGCCUAUUUUACAUUUGCAUGGGGCGGGGCUGCAGUCAUUGCAGCCAUAUUUUUCGGAAUUCAACAAGGUUACGACGAAAAUGAAGGAUGUUGGUUAAAGUUUGAGACUGGUGGUCUUGUAGCCUUUGUAUUUCCUUCUAUGACUCUCAUUUUUGUGAGAAUAAUUUUACUCACUGUACUUACGGCAUGUAAAAUUGAAGGUGGAAAGCGUGCAGAUGAAAUCAAGUCACACGUGAGGCAUUCUGUACAGUGUUCUGUUUUCUUAGUACCUCAACUCAUCCUUACCUGGGCGUUCAUUGUUCUUGCCGAGAAAGAAUAUAUAUAUUGGCUGCUGUUCUAUAUUUUAUUUUCUUUAAACGGGUUAUCGAUUGCUGCCUAUUGCUACUUCACUAAAGAGAUUACAGACGUGAGAAAUGAGAUGAAAUUUGUCCCUGUCAUUAGAGAAGAAAGAAGAGUGAGUGUUAUUCAAAUUGAAUAUGAAACAACCUCAAGUCAAGCGGAACUCAGUCGUUAUGUUGAAGACAUCUCCGUUUGUGAACCCGAGAAAUACGAAGAAAGUCCAGUAGACCUAGCAGUAGAGACGAUACCAAGUGAUAAUGAGAAUUACCAUCAGGACGAACUGAUCAACCAAUCAGAGCCAGCACCAGAGAAAAGUGACAUUGAUACUGAUUUAUCAUCAUCCUCGUCAUCCUCGUCAUCUGAGGAUGAAGAUCAUGAUGACGAUGAAGAGGAAGAUAAUGACGACAACGACAAUAAUUGUGAUGAUGACGACGACGAUAAAGAAGAGGAGAAUACACAAAGUGAAGAAAGCGAAGAUGAGAAUGGCAGUAAUGUUGAUAGUGAAGAUGAUUGUGAUAGUGAUGAUAACAUGUUUAGAUAAAGAAGAAAACUUUGAAUCUUACAUCCAUAAAAUGGAUAUUUAAAGAAAAGAAAUACUCGAAUAAUUAACUAAUGCACCUGUU